GCUGGUGCUCCUGCGCGGGAGGAGGCCCAGCACAGAGGGGGAAGCAGAGCUCACAGGGCGACUGCAGGGCUUGUGAGCGUUUCUGGAGCAGAAGUUUUCCUCACAGAGAGGGACACAGCAGACAGCAGGCACCAUGGAGCCCCCCUCAGGUCCUUCCCGCAGACGGUUCGUCCCCUGGAACAGGCUCCUGCUGGCAGCCUCACUCUUAACUUUCUGGCCCCUGCCCACCACUGCCCAGCUCAGUAUUGAAGUGGUGCCCCCACUUGCUGCAGAAGGAUCGGAUGUUCUUCUACUUGCCCACAACGUUACAGAGAAUCCUCUAGGCUAUACCUGGUACAGAGGAGAAAGGGUAGAAAACAGCCAGCUAAUUGCAUCAUAUAGACCAGAAACUAAUGUAAUUACCAAAGGGCCUGCGCACAGCGGUCGGGAGACACUUUACCCCAAUGGAACCCUGCUGAUCCAGCACGUCACCCAGAAAGACACAGGAUCCUACACCCUGCUCAUUUUAAAGUUUGAUUUACAGACAGAAAGACAGACUGGACACCUCCACAUACACCCGGUGCUACCCACACCCGUCAUCACCAGCAACAACUCCAAGCCCUGGGAGCACGAGGACACUGUGGUGUUAACGUGUGGACCUGAGACCCAGAACACCUCCUACAUCUGGUGGAUCAACGAUCAGAGCCUCCCCAACAGCACGAGGCUGGAACUGUCUGAGGACAAGAGGACUCUCAUUGUGUUCAAUGUGACACGGAAAGACACAGGGCCCUAUGUGUGUGAAGCCCGGAACCCAGUGAGUGUCCGCCGCAGUGACCCAUUCACCCUGCAGGUCCUCUACCCAGUGGCACGGCCCUCCCUCCAAGCCAGCAACACCACAGUCGCAGAACAUGAGGGUCCCGUGGUCCUGACCUGCCUCACAAAUGAGACUGGGGUCUCCAUACGCUGGUUCUUUGAAGGCCAGAGUCUCCUCCUCACAAGGGGGAUGACACUGUCCCUGGACAAUAGCACCCUCACCAUAGACCCUGUCAGCAGAAAAGACAACGGGUAUUAUCAAUGUGAGGUCUCCAACAGGGGCAACUCCAGCAAAAGUGACCCCCUCAGGCUGCAUGUGAAAUAUAAACCGACAUCAGAAAGUUCCUCUGACCUCUCAACUGGUGCCAUUGUCGGCAUCGUGAUUGGAGCUGUGGCUGGGGUGGCUGCUCUGAUACCAGCCCUGGUGUAUUUUCUGUACAUCAGAGAAACUAGAUGGUCAAGUCACUCUGACAGUUCACCUGGAAAGGUUAAUGAAGUUGAAUAUUCCUCCCUGAACUUCAAUGCCCAGGAAUUAAAAAAGAAAGCGACUUCAGCCUCCCCAUCUCCAACACAUACAAAAACCAUUCAGAAGUGAAAAAACAGUAAUGGAACCUGUCCUGCUUGUUGCACUGUUGACUUAUUCCAAGCUUCCCACCUCCAUCCCCAGGAGAUCCCUCUGCCCUCAUGGAAAAUGAGGAGACAGUCUUCCCCCAGCUCCUUCAACCCCUAAUGAGGCUCCUCCAGGGUGCCUGGUCACAGCCCCUUCCUUCAGUGUCAGUGGAUGAAAAGGCACAUCCACUAGGAGCUCUGUAGGAAACCAAAACUUCCUCGUCAUUGAAAUCAAGCAAAGCGGACCUUGGGAGAAAGUUGCUAGAACCUCUGCCCCUAGACCAGUUGUAAACUUGUGUAUUCAGAACACAUUCAUUCCUUCCCACCUCAGUCCUAUUGGAGUCUAACAUGAAUUUGCCAUAACCUGGAGAAUGAUUUCUUAUCCACUGAAAUGCCUGUGCCAGAAAAGAAGAGCAAGGAUAAGGAAAACAAAGACCUUCUGCACUCUGAAGCCCGAUGUGAACCCGCCAUUCACAGGAAGACACAUACAUGACCAGCUCUGAACUGGGAAGUUCUACACCUUUGUCUGCUUUCAGGGUUGUCUGCCUGCAGGAUCAGGGACUAAGCAACUUACUACUUAGCUAGAAUACCAUCUAAACCUUUAAAAGCGUGCCUUCAGAGAACCCGCUAGAAGCAACUAGAAAACAACUUCUCAGCGUUCGUAAGUGUAUGUUGAUGGAAACUGCAAAAACAAAAAACAAACAAACAAACAAAAAAAAACGACACACAUUGUUUUAAUAAUGCUAUGGGCUUUAUUCAAGGCAAUGCCCGGAGAUUCAGGGGUCAUCGGUUUAUGGGGCAGUCAGCUCUUACCAGAUGCAAUCUGCUGGGAUUGGGGAAAGGACUCAGAAAUCACCCUGCAGAGAUUAUUUAAAUAAUGGUCAAAGAAUGUACAAUUUGGGGGUAUUGUGUUGUUUUUUCCCUUCCUUCUGAGACAUUCUGCCAUUUUAAUUUUUGUAACUGCUUGUUUAUGUGAAAGGGGUUCUGUUUAAUUUGCUGCAUAAGCCAAUAUGACCACUUCAGGAGGAAGAACCUACCAAAGCCCCUCAUGUCCCUCUGGCCAUGAGCUCCCUAAGCCUUUUGUGUCAGGGGCUCCGCACAGAAAAUAAGAAGUAGCAGUUGUCUACCUCACGGCCAGAAAUGGGUCUCACUCCAUUUCUAGGCAUCUCAGGCCAGUCAUCAACUGCCUUCUCUUCCGUGUUCCCGCCUGUGCCUGUUCUGUCUGUCUGCCCCGCUUACCUUCUCAGGAGCCUUCUUGAGAAGCAGGAGCGCCCUGAAGGGAACACGGCCCCUUGCGCUGUUAGCAUUGUUUACAGCCGAGGAGGCCGCACUGGUGCGCACGCUCCUUAGGACACAAGGUGCAGAUUAUGACUCAGCCCUGGGUUUCUUGAAGAGCCUCUGGAAUUCUUCUCCCAUGGGGUGCACGGGACCCAAUGUGUCGGCACAGAAAGGGAGGACGGGAGGAGGAGAGGUGCACCUGCUUCUCACCAGCCUUCUGCACAGACGGGGCCUCCUUGGGCUGCUGAGAGAAAGGCUUUAUUUCACCUUCAUGACCGACCGCCUGCUGUGUGGAACUGGCCCCCCAGAGAGGGGUGGCUGGGAGCGCUCUGUACUCAGUACCUCUUUCAGGGUUUUCUCACCCUGAUACAGACUGUGUACACCUCCCCUCAUGCAAGCAAUUCUGCAUAAUUUAAUUUUGCCUGGCUGAGGCCACUUCUGAAUGAUUUGUAAAAAUUGCUCUAUAUUUAUAAUAAAUAUUGUGUA